UUGUAUUACUGAGUCACCCUGAAUGACCGAAGCGUUUAAUCGACGUAUGAAGGUACCUAUAAGAUGCGCACCUCUCAAAUGGCAACCCCAGUCGAUCUCGCCUUCCACGUCAAGUGAACUGUUUUCUCCACAUGAAUAGCUUCAAGGCUACAACCAUGCAGAGCCCGCAGCCUGCGAAGGAUAACAGAUCUGCUGCUCAACGGCGUUACAGGAAGAAGGAAGAGGAUGGAUUUUUGCAGUUGCGAGAGGCCCUUAAGGAAGUGGCCGAUGAUGGUCCGCGAACCAGACAGGACAUUUUGAGAAGAGCUUGCUGUGAGCUCAGACGCCUGGCGGAUGAAAACCAUCUGUUAUUGCAACAGAAGGCACUGAUUGAGGCUUGUAACUCACUCAGAGAGAAUUACAAAUAUGAAGAUCCCCAAUCACCAUCAUGUGGCAGUGUGAAUUCCGAGGAUCCUAUGGAGUGGUGGUCACAUGAUAGAACCAAGAUGGCAGAAAUCACGUGGAUCGACAUGGCACGCCACCGUGCACUCGACGCUGCAACAGUGUCACCAAACGCGACCACGCUCCCAGCACAAGACUAUGAAUGGUUCACCCAGCUGUGCAAUGCUAACAUGGUGCAAGACAAUAGUCGGUUAAACCAUCCGUGGGCAUCGUACCAGAGCGGGGAUUUCACCAGACGGUCGCACAGUGGAAGUAGUUAUUAUGCAAGGCGUGCCAACUGUCAGCAUGGAGAGUAACUAUACUGUACAAGUAGGAGCCAUAGGUAUCGAGGGGCGGGUCC